GCGACGUGCGUCGAUACGACCAACGGACAAAGAGACAGAGACCAUACACAAUACACCGCUAACUUUAUCCAACUUUCCCCAAGAAUGAUCAAGAAUAGUUUUUCCCGAUUAACACGAAAUUAAAUGGAAAGCUAUCAGGCCAAUAAAGAUCCGAUCGAUUCGUUUCUUCUAAAUUGCUAUUUACUACCGAUCUCAGCACCGCACCAGUACCUUUGAAACGUGACCGAGUGCGAGCACUUUGUUCGCGAGUCGUGAAUCGAAGUUUAGAGAAGUAUGUUUGGGUAUCGUUCGUUCUUUUGGGUCCUAACGGCCAUCUUAAUCCUGCUGGAGCCGGUCGUAACCGACAUCAGAAGGGAUUGCCGGAAAGAGACGGGAGUUUCAUGGGUCGCGUUAAGAAGGAUGAAGUCUGGUGACUUUGAGCAAAAUGACCCAAGAUUGAAGUGCUACUUGAAGUGCUUUAUGGCGAGAAACGGUAUUUUGGACGGAAACGCGGAGAUUGACGUGCAGAGAGCGUUACGGCAUCUUCCUCGAAGUUUGCAACACUCUUCUAAAAAGUUAUUCAACGAAUGCAAAUCUAUCCCUGGGACCGAUCAUUGCGACAAAGCCUUCCAAAUCGUCAAAUGUUACGUUAAAUAUCAUCCAGAGAUUUUGCAUAGCGUGCCUUUUCUCUAGAGUCUAGAGAGAUUUCUUAUGCGUACAACCCGUUCAAGUUCUAAAGGAAAUAUACAAAUGUUACGUACAUCACCGUCGCGUCGUGUAACAAUUACGUUAUGAAAAAUAAAGGAACAGAAGUUUGAGAAAUCGGUAUUGGUUUGGAAGAUGAAAAGAUGCGACUGAUUAGGAAAUCGAGAGUUGAGGAGGAAGCUGGCGCGUUGAUCGUUUCCCAGCAUCUUUAAUUUUAUUAUCGAACGCAACACGAUUCGUCCAAGCUACGUAGCACGGUAGCACGUCUCGUGCCGCGGACGUGCCUUUGGCUGACUUGUGAAAACGUGGCUUAGGUCGCGUCUAUGUGUACAUGU